AUGGGGACCCGCCCCACCCCCGGGCUCCAGAGAACCACAUCAGCGGGCUACCGACUGCCCACCACCAGGCGGCCGGCCUCAGUCUCCCCGGCUACCCGAGGUGGCCCUGCGGCCGGCAGGGGUCUCGCUGGUGGCGACCAGGCCCCGCGGGAGGCCCAGGGCGUGCAGCAGGACCAGCUGUGGCGGGAGCUGGUGGAGGCCGAGGGGCGCGGCCGGCGGCGCUGGGUUGAGAACUGGAGUUUCCUGAAAGACUAUGACCCGAUGGGCAAUAAGAAGGAGCCUGAGAAGCUGCCGGACUCCGUGCCCCUCUUCUCGGACACACUCCCCAAUUCCACAAACCAGGUUGUGGGCAGCAGGGUGGACACGCCCCUGGGGAGGACCCUCAUCCGCAUGGACUUCUCUGUCACCGAAGGGGUUCGGAAGAAGAAGCUGGAGGACGAGCUGCAGCCGGCCUAG